GGCUCCUACACUUUUAAUAGAACAUCAUAUUACUGGAUUGUUCCUGCUUUAACAUGUAAGUAACCUACUUUUAUGUUGUGACCAAGUUAGAGUUAUAAGUGUAAAGUUUAAAUAAGUACAAUAAUCUCAUUUUCUAGGCUACUUUGAUUAGGCCCGUAUGUUGAAAAUGCGAAUUUCUGCUUUAUUUUCUGUGCAAGUGCUCCGUCACAGACAGAACCCAAGCCUAUCAGAUGUUCAUCCCCAGAGGGGGCGGACUAACUUGUGCGUUGGCUUCCCUGCCAGCUCCUUGUUGCAUCAUGCCUGGGAACUUUGCUCCAAUGAGGGACCUGCCUUGUGCUUUGUGGAGCCAGGCGGGCGCAGCGUUGCCACCAUCCGGACAGGAUUUAGAAAACCUCCCUAGCAGCCAACGAGCAGGCAACGUCCCCUGCGGAGAGAAGCGCCGCGUCUUUACGCUGGAUCGUCCCUGUGACUUUGGAGACGCACGCCCACCACGUUGCUGCGUUUUUACGACAAGGAUAUUUGGAAGGAAAUCCUGAAGUGUCUCUCGGGGUCAGAAGAAGGAGGGGGCAACCAAAUCUGUCCUUCUUGAGGACCUUGGAAGCCCAAAGCAACAAUGGACUGCGCCUCCACAGGGAAGUCCCACACGGAGCGGUGCUGUGCACACACAUGGGACUGUAACAUUUCUAACCCAGUCGACGUUUGUCAGUGUGGAUGUUAAUAAACAGUGUAACCGUGCCCGGGCUUUAGUGAUGCCUACGAGGAACAGGUACAGCCUUGUGGACGAUGUGGCGGACGCGAGGGUGCCGCUCCACAACGAGGAGGCUUAUCAGCAUGGGAUUUAUUUCCAAGCUAAGUAUGUGGGGAGUCUUGACGUGCCGAGGCCCAACAGUCGGAUGGAGAUCGUAGCAGCCAUGAGGAGAAUCAGGUAUGAAUUCAAGGCUAAGAAUAUCAAGAAGAAGAAGGUCAGCAUUGUUGUGUCUGUGGACGGAGUAAAGGUGAUGCUGAGGAAGAAACAGAAGAGGAAAGAAUGGACAUGGGAUGAGAGCAAGAUGCUAAUCAUGCAUGAUCCCAUAUACAGGAUUUUCUACGUAUCUCAUGACUCCCAGGACUUGAAGAUCUUCAGCUACAUUGCCAGAGAUGGCUCCAGUAACUCCUUCAGAUGUAAUGUCUUCAAAUCAAAGAAGAAGACGCAGGCCAUGCGUAUCGUGCGGACAGUCGGUCAGGCAUUUGAGGUGUGCCAUAAGCUCAGUUUGCAGCAUGCUGAGCAGGAUGCGGAUGGACAGAUGGAUGGGGAGAGCGACAAAGCCACAGAGGAGCCCAACAGUAAUGGUCGUAAACUGACAGGGGCGGUGCGAAGGGAGGAAGAGGAGGGCAGCAAACAUGAAGGAAGACGAGGAGAAGAUCCUUCAACUGGUGCUUCACUGUGUGAAAAAGCAGUCAGCGAAAUUCUGCAGAGUCUGGCUGAACUCAACAUGGUCAAACCUGGACAGGCCAUCACAGACUUAGAUCAAAUGUCCCUAUUCACUUGGACAUCCCAAGGCAUUACUCCCAGCAGCCCUUGCUCUCCAUCUCUCACUCCACUGGCAUCACAGCAUUAUCUGCAGCUUCUUCAGCUGCAGUUACAGCAGCAACAGCAGCACACACAGGUGGCCGUUGCACAGGUGCAGCUGCUGAAGGAUCAGAUGGCGGCAGAGACCACAGCCCGUAUGGAGGCUCAGGCCCGUGUCCACCAGUUGCUGCUCCAGAACAGGGACUUGGUGCAGCACCUGGCCUUGCUUGUGCAGCAGUUGAAAGAGCUGGAGGCCCACUCCUCAAAAUCAACACUCCUAGAGCAACCACAAAAGCCGCCUCAAGCUAAUGGACACACUGUUACAGAUGGCCAGCCAACAUACAGCCCAGUUUUUACAUCAGCAAAGUCUCUGUCUCUAAACCUGAAGAAUCGCUACAGCCAGACCCUGGACCCACUCAUCACCACCAUGUCUGCGUGGCCGCUCCAAAUCCCAGCCCUCUCUCCUGCCCAGGUAGACAGCGCCAAGUCCUACCUCAACCCACUCAACCUGGAGAACCGCUCCAAACCAGCUGCAUUGCUCGAUGAAAACCUGGACCUCUUCAACAGGGCCAAUUGGAUAGCAGACAACAAGGAGAGCUCCUGCAGUGAGAUUGUCCCAUUUCAGCUGAGAAACUCUGCCAACGUGGAUGAAAAAUAUAAACAAACAAUCCCUAAACUUGACCCUCCACCACCCUGUCUGACCCGCAAACGGGCCAGCAGGUGCUUUUCUCCAGGGUCAGAAGUCACCGCUGGGCCCACGCCUACAGAGGUCACCGAUAACGAUGCAGCCCCCAGCCCCCUGUCGUCCACUGAUUUCCACUCUCUUAGCAACGGUGAGAGCAGCUCCUGUUCAGCCAGCGAGGACUCUGGCGUUCGCUCUGAGACCAAGUCGCUGGUGUCACCCCUGCUUGACAACAACGACCUGUUUGGGGACCCCGGGACAUUUCUAACGGCCUCCAGUAGCUGUGACAGUCCCCUGGAGGAGAGAAGUGAAGCCAUCCUCUCUUUGUCUGAGUCCUAUCCUACUGAGACCCUUACCCUCACCUCACACUCUGACACCUAUGAGCACCCACUGCCCUUCUCUUCUCCGAUGAAUGAGACUUGUCUUCACAUCAGUUUUUCUGAGGAUGAGCUGCUGGAAAGCAGCCAGGAAGACCCUAAUAUCCGACAGCAGAGUUAGGAGGAUGAGCUGAUGUGCCCCUAGAGACCUUUCACUAUGUCUUUCAAUCAGCUUUUAAAGCAAUACUCACUGUCAGAUCCUCCAUGGGGCUCCAUUUCAGGACAUUUAAUUACUCCAGCCGCUUGUGACACAGUACAGACAUAGCAUUGCCAGUUACCGAAAAGUAAUCAGUUGUAUAAAUUAUUAGCUAAUAGACAGAUUUAGUAUUUUUGUAAUGGAAUUAUUUAUCUAAUUUACUUUUUAGUGACUAGAAUGUUAAGCAGAACACGUAGCAAUCCUUGCACUGUUAAACUCACAUGACAGUAGAAUUCAAAGCAAACAAGGGAACACAUUUUAUUUUUGCUUUUAAUGAACAUUCAAACAUUUUGUAUGAUGCUUCUCUGCGGUGCAAACAGCUGUGGAAAUACCCAUUGUCUGCAGAUAGCACAGGGUGAUUUACAGGAUGGCCAUGCAAGUAUUGGUGAUGUUGGGAAGAGCCUCGCCUUCUGUAAAACACCUGACUGGUCGAUGGAUGGAAAGAACAAAGAAAGUCAGUAAAGGGGAAAAAGAGAAGAUAGAAGUGAGCAGAUCUGCUUGUGUUUAUGCACAUCCAUUUGUGGCUGUGUGUUUUUGUCUUAAAAGAAUUGAGCGGUUUUUAGAAAGUUUUGUGCUACUUGUAUUUUGACCUUUCAGACUUGUAGGCCUUAAAGCAGCAUUGGAAAAAUUAGUGGAAUGCCUUCUGUAUUCUGUGCCACAAAGAUUCUGUAUGUAGCUUUCAAAACAAGGGUAUUUCCAGAUUGAAAGAAAAUGAUUUUAGCUUUGAGAAACAACAGAGCAAACCUUUGCUGAGCUAUCAGUCAUGAAAGCUUUGGAUUGCACCUGAGUGGGCAGCCCUGUUAUAAAUGAACCUUCAGACUCAAUGGGAAGAUAAUUGGGGAUUCACAGAGGACCCUGGAGAAAGGCAGCUUGGCAGAUAGAUUUUCACUUUUCUGUGUCCCACUUAAUGACCAGAAUGCGUUUCAUUUAGAGCCCUCAGGACACAUUAAGCUAGCAUUGUUGCAAGGCAUGCAAUAUACAGAAUGUAGUGUCUUUGUGCAUGCAGCUUAACCUAAAUGUUGGGAGCAUUGUUUUAACUUUGCUGGUGUAUAUCAAUAUGGAGCUAUACUGAUCAGUCAGUAAUAAAAACUGUCAGACAUAGCCCUAUAUGAAUAUAACAUAUUGUUAAACAGCUACCAUUGUUUUAAGUGCUGAAAUUAUGUAUGAAGAUGAGCUGAAAUAAUGAAUUGAUUCCUCAGUGAACAGUAACAAUUUGCGCAAUUGAUGAAUUGUUAGUUUUAGGAGAAAAUGUCAGGCUGUUUCCAGCUUCUCAGACCAGAAUCAGCUUUAUUGGCCAGGUGUGUUGGACACAUGAGGAAUUAGUGUGAAUGCUUGCUGAAUAUUUGGGUAUUUUAAAUAUGAAGUGAUAAAUUGAUGGGGAAGAUGACUGAGAAAAUAAUCAGAAGAUAAAGUGAUGAUAAUCAAUUUGAUGCAUGUGGCAAGAUUCUACUGUGGUUCUACUGGGGCAACUUGUGACAGGUAUAAGUGACAAUAAAUGGACAUGAGAGAGAAAGAGGGCGAGGGGAGGGGUGGUGGAAAGGUGCAGGUGGAAAGUGCCCGCAGGCAAAACCUUUUGUAUGUAGGUACGAGGCUUUUCUCAACAUAACAUAUGACAUGGAGCUAUAGCAGCAAUAACACAUACAGUAGAAGAAAACAAUAAAGUGGAAUAGUUGAAGAACUUAACCUGUGUUUUUCAUCCAGAGUGUGUUUCUGUUAUAUGCAGAAAACCAUAGGACGGCAACUGUAGAGUAACAGUGCAGCCACAGGCUUUAUCUCAGUGGUUUCAGUAGGGACUAGAACAGUCUGCUCUCCUCCUCUGCCUUUUUUACUCUGCAUUAAUUAUGUCUACUUACAUUCACAUUUGGCAUUAGUAAUUCAUGUCUCUCACUCGAUGCAACUAGAUCAAGACUCAUUGAGGCUUUUCUGUCACUUCCAGUUUCUACUUUGAGUCCUUUCAGUGGUGAACUGUUUCUUCCCUGUUGUCCCUGAGCUUAGUAGCAUAACUCAUCUCUGCUGUUUACACAGUCGCUGCGAGGCAGGAACAGGUGACUGGCGGGCCUAAUGUGUUCAGGGCCUCAGUGGGAUGCAGUAAUGAAAAGGGCAAAAUUGGAAGAUCUUCAGCUCUGAGCUAGUAGUUAUUUCCCGUCUAAGGCCCUGAUCUCAGGAGUGCAAACACCACAUCUGCUACAGGCUAAGCAACAGAACUUGUGAUGUGCGUGCUGUGUUUUAUUUGGGGCACAGGAGCCCUGUGUAUCAUUAUGCCCUCCUUCAACUUGGAAUUCCCAAACUGAUUAAUUAAUGAUGCAGGGUGUCUCUGCAGGUCAGGGCUGCUCCCUCCUCUCUUCUUUCUCUCCAGAGCGG